AGAGGCUCCAGUUGGUGGCCAAGAGUACAUCUCUUUUCAAAUAGUUGGAUUAGGUCCUCAUGCUGCUGUGGUCAUUGCUGGUCAUCUUUGCUGCAGUCACUGAAUGGGCAGAUUCGCUGAACCUUGUGGCGCCCUCUUCUGUCUUCGAAGGAGACAGCAUAGUUCUGAAAUGCCAGGGAGAACAGAACUGGACAAUUCAGAAGAUGGCUUACCACAAGGAUAACCAAGAGUUAUCUGUUUUCAAAAAAUUCUCAGAUUUCCUUAUCCAAAGUGCAGUUUUAAGUGACAGUGGUAACUAUUUCUGUAGUACCAAAGGACAACUGUUUUUCUGGGAUAAAAGUUCAAAUAUAGUAAAGAUAAAAGUCCAAGAGCUCUUUCAACAUCCUGUGCUGACUGCCAGCUCCUUCCAGCCCAUCGAAGGGGGUCCAGUGAGCCUGAAAUGUGAGACCCGGCGCUCUCCACAGAGGUUGGAUGUUCAACUCCAGUUCUGCUUCUUCAGAGAAAACCAGGUCCUGGGGUCAGGCUGGAGCAGCUCUCCGGAGCUCCAGAUUUCUGCCAUGUGGAGCGAAGACACAGGGUCUUACUGGUGUGAGGCAGAAACGGUGACUCACAGGAUCAGAAAACAGAGCCUCCAAUCCCAGAUUCAUGUGCAGAGAAUCCCCGUCUCUAACGUAAGCUUGGAGAUCCGGGCCCCCGGGGGACAGGUGACUGAAGGACAAAAACUGAUCCUGCUCUGCUCAGUGGCUGGGGGUACAGGAAAUGUCACAUUCUCCUGGUACAGAGAGGCCACAGGAACCAGUAUGGGAAAGAAAACCCAGCGUUCCCUGUCCGCAGAGCUGGAGAUCCCAGCUGUGAAAGAGAGUGAUGCCGGCAAAUAUUACUGUAGAGCUGACAACGGCCAUGUGCCUAUCCAGAGCAAGGUGGUGAAUAUCCCUGUGAGAAUUCCAGUGUCUCGCCCUGUCCUCACCCUCAGGUCUCCUGGGGCCCAGGCUGUAGUGGGAGACCUGCUGGAGCUUCACUGUGAGGCCCUGAGAGGCUCUCCCCCAAUCCUGUACCGAUUUUAUCAUGAGGAUGUCACCCUGGGGAACAGCUCGGCCCCCUCUGGAGGAGGGGCCUCCUUCAACCUCUCUUUGACUGCAGAACAUUCUGGAAACUACUCCUGUGAGGCCAACAACGGCCUGGGGGCCCAGUGCAGUGAGGCAGUGCCAGUCUCCAUCUCAGGACCUGAUGGCUAUAGAAGAGACCUCAUGACAGCCGGAGUUCUCUGGGGACUGUUUGGUGUCCUUGGUUUCAUUGGUGUUGCUUUGCUGUUGUAUGCCUUGUUCCACAAGAUAUCAGGAGAAAGUUCUGCUACAAAUGAACCCAGGACUCCCAAGUCAUCUACUCUGCUGUGAAGAAAUCAUAACACGGAGGAAUCAGAAGGGAAGAUCAACAACAAGGAUGGGGCAUCAUUGAGACUUGCCAUAAAACCUUAUGAAAAUGCUUGAGGCUUAUCACCUGCCACAGCCAGAACGUGCUUCAGGAGGCACCUCCUGUCAUCAUUUUUGUUCUGAUCAUGUUUCUUCUCCAAUAUCUUCUUUUACCUAUUAAUAUUCAUUGAACUGCUACUACAUCCAGACACUGUGCAAAGAAAUUAUUGCUGCUACCUUCUCUUAAGCCAUCAGUGUGUAAAGAUUUGAGGGAAGAAUGAAUAAGAGAUACAAGAUCUCACCUUCAUCUACUGUGAGGUGAUGAGAACAGGACUUGAUAGUGGUGUAUUAACUUAUUUAUAUGCUGCUGGAUACAGUUUGCUAAUAUUUCAUUGAGAAUUUUUGCAAAUAUGUUCAUUGGGAAUAUUGGCCUGAAAUUUUCUUUUCCACUGUGUCUCUGCCAGAAUAUUUGUAUCAGGCUGGUGCUGGCUUCAUAGCAUGAGUUAGGCAGGAGCCCUUCCUUCUUGAUUUUUUGGCAUAGUUUCAGCAGGAUUGGUACCAGUUAUUCUUUGUACAUCUGGUAGAAUUCAGCUGUGAAUCCAUCUGGUCUAGGGCUUUCGUGUUGGUUGGUAAGUUUUUUAUUACUAAUUCAACUUCAGUGCUUGAUAUUGGUCUACAAGGGUUUCUGUCUCUUCCUGGUUCAAUCUUGGGAGAUUGUGUGUUUCCAGGAAUUUAGCCGUUUCCUCCAGAUUUUCUUCUUUAUGUGCAUAGAGUUGAGUGUAAACAUAACUUACAUGCACUGAGAAACCAAAAAAUCUGUGUGACUUGCUUUAUGGCAGCAUUUGCUUGAUUUUGGUGGUCUGGAACUGAACCUGCAAUAUCACCAAGGUAUGCAUAUAGUUGCAAAAAUGUGAUUUUUGACACAGUAAAUAUGAGUAUUUGCAAUAAAUUAUGAUAUUACUUUUGUAAGUAUAUAGAAUAAAAUAUAAAUA